CAAUGUGUAUUCGGUAUCUCACAUUUGCACAACAUCCGAAUGUAUUCGCCCGUUUAAUAGGCUUUUUCUAUAUGCCUAUUAAGAAACGCCUGUGCCUAUCAGGAAGUCGUGACUGAAAGAAUAACGCAAUAAGUCCCUAGCGCGAUGUGCUAUACAGCAUGCAUUUGUAUGAGAGACGGAGUCGUUCGGUGUAUGCGUGGAACGCGGUGGACGUGCUGAUCGAAGGCCAGUUGAGACACGGGCAUGUCGUUAACACAGCAGCGAACGGUCUUACUGUCGACCUCUUCUGCUCUACACAGGAGGCGGUGUUCGUGGAGUUUGGGAAGAUUUUCGAUUCGUCGGAUAAAUCGCUGCAGAAACGCACAUGCCUUGGAUGGAAGGACCAGUUUCUAAGCAAACCGCGCAACGCGAACGUGCAAGUGCUGCUGCGCGCCCAUCCCAACCGCCCAUGGACGUGGUACCCAGCCACUGUGCUGAUCACCGACUUUCUCAGUUUCACGCUGAACGAUUACGCUUUCGUAGAGGCGCAGCUGGACGGCUACACCACCCGUGAACUGCUUCCACCGGAGCAGAUUCGCUGUGUUCCGACACGGGAGCAGAUGGCAGAAGCCGUCGUUAAGCGGGGCGACUUCAUCCUGCAGACAUGGCGACAUCCAGAGCAUUUGGAGUUGAUACCGUCGGAUGUCAUACACGACCUAGAGCGGCGCUUCAGUGUCGUUGUCUCUAGCGUUUCCGAGGCGGAGAUGCUAUACCUUGAGCAUCGCGAGCGCCACCGCCCUAUGGAGGCGAUGCUGAGUAUGACGGUCAACCGCCCUGCGAUGCUGAGCAAAAUUGCUAACGACGGACAACAACACCCCGCUAAACGGACCGUGCCAAUCGAACUGGUGGCGGAAUUCCGAGGUAUUCGGUUACCAACUGAGCUUCUCACUGAGGUUUUCUGGCAUCUGAACACCAUCGAGCGUCAGCGCUGUCGCCGCGUCUGCCCAUUAUGGGGCGCUUUGCUGACGUUCGCCACAUUGUGCCAAGAUGUCUGGUUGCCGCAGAGCAAAGCGUUCUUUCUUCCGUAUGGGCUGCAAUCGGUCUUGUGGACACCUAAAUACGCGCUCUUCGCCGGUUUUCUGAAAUGCGUCACCUCGAUGACGAAAAGCGUUUGCCUGGAACAGUUUGUGGAUGCGCAGCAUGCGCGCCAUGUUCCGCAGUGUAUGUGCAUUCUGCGCGGACCUUUGCCGCAUCCGGCGAGUAGAGUGAAGAAGCUGAUCUACGUCAAUUGCCAUUUGGCUCAGCGUCGCAAUGCUGACAACAAUCGCGAUAUAAUGAUGUCUUUAAGCAGCGUCAUAUUCGCUGCCAAUGACUCAAAUAUCUAAAAUUCUUUUACGUACAAAAUGUCAAACUUAGUUAUGGAAAAGCAAGGAAACUGGCAAUAAAUAUGGUUUUUGUUGUGA